ACACCCGGGAACCCCGCGCACCCUGUUGCCACAGAGGGCCCCGCGCCACUGCAGCGGAGCCACUUCCAAGGGCCGGGCCAGCCACGGCGCCCGCGCUCUCGGGGAGGACUCCCCGCCUGCGCGUUCAAGCCUGCGAUGGCUCCUCUCGGAUACCUCUUAGUGCUCUGCAGCCUGAAGCAGGCGCUGGGUAGCUACCCGAUCUGGUGGUCUUUGGCUGUGGGACCUCAGUACUCCUCUCUGAGCACUCAGCCCAUCCUCUGUGCCAGCAUCCCAGGCCUGGUGCCCAAGCAGCUGCGCUUCUGCAGGAACUAUGUAGAGAUCAUGCCCAGCGUGGCUGAAGGUGUCAAGGCUGGCAUCCAGGAGUGCCAGCACCAGUUCCGAGGCCGGCGUUGGAACUGUACCACUGUCAGCAACAGCCUGGCAAUCUUUGGCCCUGUUCUGGACAAAGCCACUCGGGAGUCAGCCUUUGUCCAUGCCAUUGCCUCUGCUGGAGUGGCCUUUGCAGUGACCCGCUCAUGUGCAGAGGGUUCAGCUGCCAUCUGUGGGUGCAGUAGCCGCCUCCAGGGUUCCCCAGGCGAGGGCUGGAAGUGGGGCGGUUGUAGCGAGGACAUUGAAUUUGGCGGAAUGGUGUCUCGGGAGUUUGCUGAUGCCAGGGAGAACCGGCCAGAUGCCCGCUCUGCCAUGAACCGUCAUAACAAUGAGGCUGGGCGCCAGGCCAUCGCUAGUCACAUGCACCUCAAGUGUAAAUGCCACGGACUAUCGGGCAGCUGUGAAGUGAAGACCUGCUGGUGGUCGCAGCCCGACUUCCGCACUGUCGGGGAUUUCCUCAAAGACAAGUAUGACAGCGCCUCCGAGAUGGUGGUGGAGAAACACCGUGAGUCUCGUGGCUGGGUGGAGACCCUGAGACCACGUUACACGUACUUCAAGGUGCCCACAGAGCGCGACCUGGUCUACUACGAGGCCUCGCCCAACUUCUGUGAGCCGAACCCUGAAACCGGCUCCUUUGGGACACGCGACCGCACCUGCAACGUGAGCUCGCAUGGCAUAGAUGGGUGUGACCUGCUGUGCUGCGGGCGUGGCCAUAAUGCACGCACUGAGCGACGAAGGGAGAAGUGCCACUGUGUUUUCCACUGGUGCUGCUACGUCAGUUGUCAGGAGUGCACACGCGUCUAUGAUGUGCACACCUGCAAGUAGGAGAGCUCCUAACAGAGGGAGCAGGGUUCAUACUUAGGGGCAGGGUUCCUACCUGUGGGCAGGGUUCCUACUUGAAGGGGUCUCAUACCUGAGGAUCCAGUUCCUACUUGAGGGUAGGGCUCCUACCUGUGAAGGGCUCUAGGGACCCAGUUUCUGCCUUCAGACUGGGCUCUUACUUGGGGUCUAGGUUUCUUUUUAGUGGAGAGGCUCCUGCCUGGGAUGUGGGGUUUCUACCUAGGGUGGGGUUCCACCUAGGUUCCACCCCCCAAUCUGGGAUGGGGGUCCUACCAUAUAUGGGUUGGGCUCUUCUCUUGACCCCAAAGGGCUCAAACCAGGACAGGUGAGCAACUCCCUUAACUAGCUGGGGUC